AUGGGGGGAGAUUUUCGUCAAGUUCUUCCUGUUGUAAGAAAAGGUACUAAGGCACAAAUGAUUUCAGCGUGUAUUGUUCAGUCUCAUUUAUGGAAUCAUACCAAGAUUUUGCAUUUGCGUCAAAAUAUGCGAUCAUUGCAUGAUCAAGAGUUUGCAGAAUUUCUUAUUCGCAUUGGUGAUGAUGUUGAACCUACCAAACCAAAUGACAUGGCGAGGUUACCUUCACAUAUUGCAAUCCCAUGGGAAGGUGACCAUUCCAUACAAGUGAUAAUCCAACAUAUUUUUCCUAAUUUAGAAUUGCAUGGUUGGGAUGCCCCAUAUAUGGUACAAAGAGCUAUUUUGACACCAACAAAUGAUGCUGUCCAGAAAUUGAAUAAUAUGAUUAUCAACCAGUUUCUAGGAGAAGAAUAUAAUUUGUUGUCGUUUGACGAGGUUGAAUGA